UGUAGAAAAUUAUUGUUUUAGUGAUUUUUGUGUCAAGGUUGUUAGUGUUGGCGACACUAUUGUAGAUUUACUACAUUCUGCAGGUUAUCCUGCGGAAAAUUGCAAUGUUCAAGAAAUGGUUUUCCGUGGCAUGCAUUCUAAUAUGCACUUCUUUGAUCACCUGUCUCCCGGAUGAAGGCAAAUGGGACUCUAACCUGACCGUGGACGACAAUGGUUUAAUCCUCACCAAAAGUUUAUACAAAGGAGCUCAAGUCUUUAUCAAAAUCAAUUGUGACACUCAUAUCCACGAGCUUGAAAUCAACAUAAAAGUGGUAAUAGUGUCGUCGCCAUGCUGGGACUACUCUAACACGAUAAACGAGGCGACUGAAUUGAUAAAAUCCCCAACACCUGGGGCCAACGCCACAUCCAUGUACCGCUUCACACGAGCGUACACUUGCCCUGACCAUGUCGUCAUCGAUAAUGCCCCCCUCACCAAAGACCAAUCUCGGCCUCCCAUCUACGAAAUCCCCCAUGACGGCGUCUACGUCCUCGUGUUCCAAAUAAGCGCCCCCUUGAACACCUCAGAUCUAACCGUGGGCGUCCACGUCGAAAUGAAAAGCGAUUACGGAUACCUCUCAGCCUCCGAUUGGCCCCUUUUGCCCUUCUACGGCUUCAUGUGCAUUUUCUACGUAAUUUUGGGCAUAAUCUGGCUCAUUCUCUCAUUCCUCCAAUGGCGCGACUUGCUCAGAGUCCAGUUCUGGAUCGGGGGCGUUAUCUUAUUGGGAAUGUUGGAAAAAGCGACUUUUUACGCUGAAUACCAAAGUAUUAAUAAUACGGGAAUGCGGGUUCAGGGGGCCAUGCUGUUUGCCGAGUGGGUCUCUUGUGCCAAACGUACGUUGGCCAGGAUGUUGGUCGUGAUUGUGAGUCUAGGUUUCGGGAUUGUUAAACCUAGACUAGGCUCGACCUUGCAUAGGGUUGUCGGUGUAGGCUUCUUGUAUUUUUUCCUUGCUGCCUCUGAGGCCUAUUUGCGGAUUAUGCGGCCGAAAAACGACCAAAGUCGCGACUUGUUGGUCGCUUCGGUGCCACUUGCAGUCCUCGACUCAGCAAUUUGUUGGUGGAUCUUCAGCGCUUUGGUCAACACCACUCGAACUCUUCGCUUAAGACGCAACGAAAUCAAACUAAGUCUCUAUCGCCAUUUCACUAACACUUUAAUCUUCGCUGUUAUCGCCUCCAUCUGUUUCAUGUUGUAUUCGAUCAAAACUCAUCGAAUCGUUCAGUGUUUGGUCGUGUGGAAAAAUCUCUGGCUAGAGGAGGCUUUUUGGCACAUUUUGUUCUCGGCUUUGCUACUAGUGAUUAUGAUUUUGUGGAGACCCACGAAUAACAAUCAAAGGUACGCGUUUGUGCCCCUUUUGGACACAGGCGAGGACGAGGAGGAGGAGCAAUUAGUCAAUGACGCGUAUGGAGUCAAAGUCAGGAUACACCACCCCAAGGGGGCGUCACCGAGGAGUAAUUCGGUCGAUGACGAUUUGAAAUGGCUGGAGGAAAACAUUAAGAGUGAUCCAGCACUGCCGAUUUUAGAUUCAGACGAAGAACUAGUCAGCACGAGGUUUGAAGUCUCAAAGAUGCAGUAAAUGUGCCACGAGGGUGAAAGGGUGCGUGAGGGGUGACUGUGUUAUAGGUCGGUCUUAAAUUCAAUUGAAGUGAUUGCAGGACGAAUUAAAAAUUGAACAAAAAAUUAUCUGAAUAGUAAAACCAACGUCCAUAAAAAUAUUGUUUGAAAUAUUAUUCAACCUUGAAACACUUUAAGUUAUUUAUGAGCUGUUUACUUUAGCAAAAGUAAUGAUUGUCCCACCAAAUCUAUUGGUGUUUUUCAUAUAAAACACAAUUUCUCAAUAACAUUACGAAAUGAGAAAAUGUAUUUUUCUUUUAUGUCUUGAAGUCAUUUCAGUUUGAUUUCCUAGUGAGGACCGGUCUAUUUAUUACUAAUCUAAUUGGCAAACACGUUUCAAAGAGUCUUCAGUAUUAGCAUAGUUAUUUUUUGUUAUGUAUUAUGUGACAUAACACAUUGACUGGAUUUUAUAAAACUUUAGUGUUUUAUAUUAAGUCUGUACAUACUUAGCACAUGAAUGUUAUUUGUUUGUAUUGUAUAUAAUUUGUUGCUAUAAAAUGGCUUUUCUGACUUAAUAAACAAAUUUAUGCUAA